UGACGGACAAAGGUAGACUGCAGCGCGGAAGGAACGAAGCAGGAGGUGUGUAGAUGUGCUCUCGAGUUUUCGGAAGAUCGGUUCCGAAAAGCAGUACAGCGACGGAACGAGAGAGCGAGAGAGAAGACUGGUAACAUCAGGAAGAUAGAGAGAGAGAGGUUCCUAGUCAAGUCUCAGCAUAGUCAGCGCUAGCAAGCAAAAAGCCAAAUCGGUGUGAUCGUAAACCAGAGCGCCUAGAGAAAGCACAGUACCAAAGUCCUCAGCAGCGAUUGUUAUUACUCAUCGCCACGUCAUCACCCUCCCGCGUUGGAUACGAGUUGCCAUAGCUACGCAGAGUUCUACUGUUAUCAUUUCCAACGAAAAGCAGAACAUUUUGAUCGAUCGAUAGUAAAACGGUACGGCCGCGACGCCAAAGAUCGAGCUUACACUCUGACGACGCACGCACGCACGCACGCGGCGACGCAACCGCAGCAGCAGUAGUAUCGCCAACAGCCACACUCGUCACCCGUCCGGCGACAGCAACAUCGUGGAAUCCGCCAACGACACUUAUGUUUCAACCGAAAAUGCGCUUGGAGUUGAAGUGCGUCGUGGGAUUUAUCGUUAACCUGCUAAAGAGGCACGACCCGUGUCUGGACGACGUCACACUGGACGUGUUCGGCGCCACGCUACGAGACUUACUCAAUCAGCACUACAAGCACCACUGGUUCCCCGACAGGCCGAACCGGGGUAGCGGCUACCGCUGCAUUCGCAUCAACCACAAGUUGGACCCACUGAUCGGCAAGGCUGGAGCAGAGAGCGGGCUCUCCGAAGGCUACUUGUUCCAGUCGCUGCCGCACGAGCUGACACUGUGGGUGGAUCCGGGCGAGGUGUCCUACCGCAUCGGUGAGGACGGCUCUGUAUGCGUAAUGUACGAGCACAAGGGCCACCACGAUCGAUUCCAAAAGAGCUGCAAGCAGGGCUACAAGAGCCGCGAGCGAACCAAGGUGGACACCAUGCCCAUGCGGCAGAUCGCUGCCUUCGCUAGUUAGGUUACCAAGAGAAGAACCCGUCGUCGGGUGCCGAUGACGUUGCUGGUGGUGGGCCGACAAUGCUGAGAAAACCGUCCGUUGUUUUAACGCCGACGUUCGCGGUCUUAGGAUCGCGACCCGGAAUAAUCGUAGUCGAAUUCUCCGUCAAUAACUUCUAUGAUACCUAACGAUAGCAACCUAUAGCCGUGUUUCGAUUAUUUUUUAACGCAGGGCCAGAGAUCGCGAAGAUAUUUUACGUAUAGCAAGGAAAUCAUUGAGUGCAGGUUCGGACUUGCGGAUAAGGUUGUCGCGGUGUACAAUUUUUACCCGCACUAUUUUUAGACAGCCCUUUACUAUCAUUUGAUAACGGGAAAAACGAAAAAAAAUGUUUAAUGGUGUAAAUCUCACGACUGGAUACGCGAUGGAAAUAUUGGCUGAACUAAACUCUCCUGCCCACCAUUUUGUUCAGGAUGCGUACUUCCUGUGUAGCCGCUAAUAACAACAACAUGAAGAGUAGGCCGCCAUUUUGAAUUUUGAGCAAAUCGAUUUUGUACAGAACAGCUUGGACCAAUUCCCGGAUUAGCUCGCACUGUGCGUGUUGUUUUUCUGUUGAUUUCGAUCCGUAAAGCAACACUGCUUGGUGCGCCGUCUAACCCAAUCUAACUUUUGUUGCGUUAAACCUAGUAACUGUGUAAUUGUAGUUAUCUGUAACUUAACUUCAUCCUAUUAUAUUCUCCCUUAUAACCGCAUCCAGUGUAAUAUACAAAGAUUGUCUAGAGUGUAAAAUAAUUUUUUCCGUCACGAAAUCUGAUCUCCGAUUUACUAUUGUCAAGACUAAAAAAUAGCUAUUACUGUGAAGAAUCGUGUAAACAUGGCCUGAAGCGGAUCAUCGUGUAAAAAGGCUUUAAGACAUGUUCAUCUUGUAAAAUGUAAAAUAGAGAUUUUAUUUUCCUGAGUUGUAGGUUUGUGAAUUUUGUAAAAUCGUAAAACUGUAAAGAAUUUUUCGCGCGCGUUCAUGUAUUAAGGCGAACUUUAUGAAUGUUCGCCCCUAAUGUUAUACAAUAUACUUGUAAAGGUCAUGUACAAAGCAUUUCGUGGUAUGUACAUAAUGUAACGCGUAUAUUCUGUACACUACUUUUUACCAUUUGUAUGAAAUAAGCUGUUAACUUUGUACAUGAUGUAAAUGAUGAAAAUAAAGGGAUUCGAAUUUUCCAUAAACGCAA